AUGAACUUGGUCGCGACGAACGAUAAGGAUGAGAUUUAUGAGGAUCCUGAGUCUACUGAGGAUGAUGAGAGUGAGGACUCGGAUGAUAUGGCUGCGAGUGUGGAGGCAGCAGUGAAGCAGGAAGAGGAGAUAGUGACCAUGGAGGCAGCAGCAGUAAACGGUGGAGAUGGAGACGAUGUCAACACUUUUGCAGCAGCGAUCGUGGUUGAAGAUGAAGCAGUAAAUGCGAAGUGUGUGGGAGUUGAAGCUGUGAAAGGGGACAUCAUGGUGAAAGGAUCAAAGGCGAAUGCAACUGCAAAGGGGCAAGUGCUUAAGGAGGAUGAACGCGUUGAAGGGUACGAGACCCGAGAGGUGUUGGGUGUAAAGAUGCCGAGGAGAAGUGAGAGGCUUAAGAAAAUCUCUCAAGGUUUGGAUGUCAAGGCGCUCAACUUCAAGACACACCUCCCGUUCCUCACGUGUCUUGACUUCUCACGGAAUUCUCAAGUCAACGACACCACUACCACCGCUGUCAUCCCCUACCUCCCGUCGCUCACAUACCUCCCGUCGCUCACAUGUCUUGACCUCUCGCGCAACCCUCAAUUUAAUGACGCCGCUGCUUCCGGUGUCCUCCCCUGUAAGCCGGUUCAGGGUCUCAGGGAUACACUGUCUCCGCCAUCUGGUCUUGAGCUACACUGCAGCCACCGCCUCGUUCCCCCUGUCUCAGUCCAUUUUUCAACACUUUCUCAUCCUUCUUCUUCCCUCCUCUCCCCCUCUCCCGUUCUCUCCUCAGGGAUCCCUUCUCUCCAGCAUUUAGACCUCAGUUACACUGCGGUCACCACCUCGUUCCUUGAUUCCCUCACCUACGGUGCGCGGCUGAAGGGGUGGCGGAACAAUGCUGCGGAAGCUUCCAGGAAGGUGGAAGCGCGGAAGGCAGGUGGCCAAGCGCCCUUGGUGGGAGGCAGCCACAGGCACAACGGCAGCUGCUGUCCCCAGCCCCCCACACGCCUCUAUCUCUCACACACCUCCCAUCCAUCCGCCUCUGUACUCCCAUCUCUGCUGCACCGCUGUCCAGCCAAGCGCCCCUGGUGGGAGGCGGCUCCAGACACAGCGGCAGCUGCUGACCCCAGCCCACACUCCACCUUCACGAAGCGAUUUCGCCUGAACCAGGAGCAGCAGCAGCAACAGCAGCAACACCAGCACCACCAGCAGCAGCAGCAGCUGCUACCAGAGAGACAGCCGCAAGCAGAAUCCGAGCAGCAGGAGGUUGGUGAAGAGCAGUUGGAGUGGCGUGAGUGCUGUCUGGUGUACCUGCGGCUGCAGGGGACGACUGUGGACAAGGCUGGAGCCACACACCUGCUAGGUCUGAGUGCUAUAGUGCCUCUGGGCGGCAUGUUCUGUCUGGACUUGAGAGAUACACUGGUGAAAGGCGACGUGCUGAGCAAGCUGAGAUGUGAGCUGGGAGCUUGUCUUGUCAGCUGGGGGCGUGUGGCUGAGAUCUGGGCGCUUGUCUUGUCAGCUGGGGGCGUGUGGCUGAGAUGUGAGCUGGGCGCUUGUCUUGUCAGCUGGGGGCGUGUGGCUGAGAUGUGA